AUGAACGACUCAACAAAUGAGACACCGGCUUUUAAAGCAGACUACACUAUCAUCGGUCCUGUAUCGAUGAUUUUUGCUGCGACUUCUGUCAUUAUUACCUCGUAUAUUUUAAUCAUUAUUCUAUCUACAAGACAAUUACAUACUGUGACUCGUUUGUUAACUUGUAACACAUGUUUUGCAUCGAUGUUGUUUUGUGUUACUCAAUUUAUUGCUUACACUUAUCUCUUAGUCAUCAAAUGGGAUACAAGCGAUCAGUCAUGUCGAUGGCGCGGCUAUUUCGGAUAUAUGUCCAUGAUUGCAUUUAUUUACUCUUAUCUUCUGCAAGUCAUAUCGAGAUUCUUCUUCAUUGUUCUCUCAACUAAAUAUCGAUGGUUAACUUCCGCAAAAACACAUCUCUGCAUGAUUUUUAUCGCAUGGACUAUAAUUAUCAUUCUUCCACUACCAACAAUUCUUACAAAUGACAUCAUUUUCCGUAAAGAUGAUCUUUGUUGGGUGCCGAAGAAAUACAAAUUACAUUGUUAUUACAUGGUUGCUGUUUGCUAUGUAAUACCCAUUCUGUUGAUUAUUAUCUUUAAUAUUAAUAUAUUUGCUCGACUCUAUCACAAUAGAAAACAUACCAUCGCACACGGCACGACCAGACGACACGAUCGUGAAUAUUUAGUUUCACGUAACAUCAUGAUCUCAUUUAGCGCUUAUUUCAUCGGCGGAGUUCCGUACAUGCUCUAUAUAUUUUCAGGUGUCGGAUUACUUUAUUCUAUGGGCGUGGUUACUAUCACAUUUGCUGUUAGCAUGGAAAAGUUAGUUAUUAUAUAUCUCGAUGGAGAACUUCGAAGUAUGAUUCGAAAUUAUCUUUGUCAAACAAAAACUGCAGUUGUGCCAUUCGCGGUAAACGUUGGUGUGACUACUCUUCGUUAA